CACGUUUAUGUUGUAGAUGCCAGAAAGCCACAUGGGAGAUUUGGCAACCUGGAAGAAGGCUGAGGCUGCUCUUAAAGAAGCUUUAAUUGAGUUCGGCAAGCCCUGGGAGGUGAAUGAAGGGGAUGGUGCAUUUUAUGGACCGAAGAUAGAUAUCACUGUAUCUGAUGCAUUGAGCAGAGAUCAUCAGUUGGCAACAUUACAGCUUGAUUUUCAACUUCCCGACCGCUUUAAGCUGUAUUACUCAGCAGAGGGUGAAGACGGCAAGAUGGAAAGGCCUGUUAUGAUACACAGAGCUGUUUUAGGUUCUGUUGAGCGUAUGCUUGCUGUACUGUUGGAACACUACAAAGGGAAAUGGCCCUUCUGGCUUAGUCCACGUCAGGCAAUUGUUUGCCCUGUGUCGCACACAGCCCUGCCUUAUGCUCUACAGGUACGGGAUCAGCUCCAUCAAGCUGGUUAUUAUGUCGAUGUUGACACAAGUGAUAAAACAAUUCAGAAAAAGGUACGACAAGCUCAGAUCGCACAGUACAACUACAUUUUAGUUGUGGGUGGGGAGGAAGUUCAAAAUGGACAGGUUAGCGUAAGGGUUAGAGAUAAGGGUGAUGUGACAGUAAUGAGCAUGGAGAGCCUACUACAACACUUCAAGGACCAAGUUGAAGCUUUCCAUUAGGAU